GUUUGCAGACGAUACGUAUGGCGGAGGCCGGCGCGCUGUCGGGCGCAUGGCGGGGGCGCCCAUGCUAUGCAGGGAAUGCGAGAGCUUCUCUUCGCAGGAUGAAGGGGAACGGCGGGGCCCUUCUGAACCUAAACAAAAUAACUGGUGGGACGUGGAAGCCCCAGAGAGAGAGAUUUAAUGUUUUGAGGAUAAUGGGGAACAGGUUGGAUCAGCUUGCUGGGUUAAUAUUGCGCGACCGCCAGCUGCGUCCACAUGAUCGGCGCAGUUCAGAGUUCGGACUCCGUCUGGAGAGUGGGGUAAAGGCCAUGUCCCUUACAAAAGUUGUGUACUCUCACGCGGGCAUGUGUCCGAACGACAUGAAUCCGAACCUAUGGGUGGAUGCCAUGAGCACCUGUUUGCGAGAGUGCGAGUCUGACCAGGACUGCGAGACGUUUGAGAAGUGCUGCCCCAAUGUCUGUGGGAACAAGAGCUGCGUGGCGGCGCGCUACGUGGACGUGAAGGGCAAGAAGGGCCCGGUGGGGAUGCCGAAGGGGGCCACCUGCGACAAGUUCAUGUGCACGCAGCAGGGCUCCGAGUGCGACAUCUGGGACGGCCAGCCCGUGUGCAAGUGCCGGGACCGGUGCGAACGCGAGCCCCACUUCACCUGCGCCUCCGACGGCAUGACGUACUACAACCUCUGCUACAUGGACGCCGAGGCCUGCUCCAAGGGCAUCUCCCUCACCGUGGUCACCUGCAGGUACCACCACACCUGGCCCCACACCAGUCCCGUUCCUCCGGAGACCACCGUCCACCCCACCACCGCCCUCCUGGAGACCACGCCCCUGGACGCCCUCCCUCCCACGGUGGCCGGAAGCCCCGCCCACCAGUCGGUGCUGGUGGGCGAAACGGCCAGCUUCCUGUGCGAGGUGACAGGGAGGCCGGCUCCCGAGAUCACCUGGGAGAAGCAGGUGGAGGGACAGGAGAACACGGUCAUGCGGCCCAACCAUGUGCGCGGGAACGUCGUGGUCACCAACAUGGCUCAGCUGGUCAUCUACAACGCUCAGCCACAGGACGCCGGUAUCUACACCUGCACCGCCAGAAACUCCCGUGGCACCGCCCAGGCCCACUUCCCGCUGUCCGUGGUCAAGCAGGAGCCGAUCAAAGGAGAAGACCUCACCAACUCCACCGGCUUCCCGUCCGACGAGUGCCUGAAGCCGCCGGAUAGCCAGAACUGCGGGGUGGAGAACACCAGCUGGUACUACGAGGCCAAGAAGAACAACUGCUUCACCUUCAGCUAUGGCAACUGCGACGGCAACCGCAACCACUUCCACACCUAUGAGGCCUGCAUGCGUGCCUGUGGCCUGGAGGUGGGCGGGGCCUGCAGCCUGCCCAGCCUGCAGGGCCCGUGCAAGGCGUACGAGCCCCGCUGGGCCUAUAGCCUCGCCCUGCGCGCCUGCCAGUCCUUCAUCUACGGCGGCUGCGGCGGCAACGAUAACAACUUCGAGAGCAAGGAGGCCUGCGAGGAGAGCUGCCCCUUCCCGCGGAGCCAGGACUGCAAGGCCUGCAAACCACGGCAGAAGAUGGUCAACAGCUUCUGCAAGAGCGACUUUGUCAUCCUGGGCCGCAUGACGGAGCUCACGGAGGACCAGGACUCGGGCCACGCCCUGGUCACCGUGGAGGAGAUCCUGAAGGACGAGAAGAUGGGCCUCAAGUUCUUCGGCCAGGAGCCCCUGGAGGUCACCCUGCUGAACAUGGACUGGAACUGCCCUUGCCCCAAUGUCACCAGCACCGGCAGCCAGAUGAUCAUCAUGGGCGACGUCCACAAUGGCAUGGCCGUCCUGCAGCCCGACAGCUACGUGGGCGUGUCCAGCGCCCGCCGCCUACGCAAACUCCGCGAGGUCGUCCACAAGAAGACCUGCGACCUCCUCAAAGAAUUUCCCAGCAUGCAGUAGCCCUGCCUCCCGCAACCACCUGAAAGGGUUUGCCAGCAUUCCCAGCAUAGUGGUUGAAUUUGAAAAAAUUAGUUUUAAAACUAGCUAUAUGUAUAUCUUAUAUAUUCUUUCAUUUUCUGAAAGAGGUAUCAGCUUUCCUAGUCCUCAAUUAAAAUGAACGAAAAAACAAUUUAUGAAGAAUAUGCAACAUUUAGCGGUCAUAGGCCCUGUCCGGAGGGGAUUAGUAUUGCAGGACAACUUGGUAAUGUAUUUUUUUUGUCUCUGCACAUCAGUGAUUUCAAUGGGCGAUCUGCACAGAAAAAGCCUUUCCCCUUAUUACUCCCUGAGAUUACUGAGGGGCAUCUGUUUGGCUGUUCCUGGAUGUGUUCGUCACACAUUCCCGCCUACCAGGAAAAAAAAAAAAACACAACACAGCGCACGUGUAACGUUAUGCAACUAAAAGAAAAACAGAAGUUAAUAUUAAUAUUUAAUAUUUGUAAGACAUGCCAAAAAAUACAUGAAAAAUAUAUAUAAGCAAAAUAUAUUAAAUGCAAAGCCGGAAAUGGAAAGUAUUAUAAAAUUUUACCACCCAAAGUAGUUGUAAUUUGCAUCAAAUACUGACACGUUGAUCCAGAUGGUGAAUUAUCAGGGGGCCUCUUUAAAAAAAUAAAAAAAGGAAUAAUUUUUUGUGUGCCUGGUCGUUCAGGGCGUGAAUAAAAUCAUGGAAUUACGCAGGCAAAAAUUACUUUACCUGACUUCCCCUAGUGAAACUAACCCCUUCCGAACAGUGCUAUAUUCCAUUCAGUAUAUUUUAUAAUCUGUGGUUCUUGAUUUUUUUUUAUGUUUCCACGACAAACAAUAGGUAUGCAAAGCAAUAGAACAACAACAAUCAAUGAUUUGUUAAUAAUAAGCAAUUGUACUGCAAAUUGUAUUAGAAUAUAGGCAUAAGUAGUUGUAGCUCACAGUCAAUUUUGUCAUUCAAAUAUAUAAACAGGUAAGUGAUACAACCCGUAAGAACCAAUACCAUCAACUACAAUCAAGAUUUUCUCAUAACUAUGUCUUUUUUUGUGAUAGUGGAGUAUAUUGUUUCUGUAUUAAUGUACACAUGUAUAGCAAAUAAGAAAAUGUGAUUAUUUCCCCAAUUUUCUGAAAUCAGCCCCUGCUCUACUUCAGCACCUAAGAAUGAUGAAAACAUGAAUUUGAUGGCAGAAACUAUCAAAUGGUGUUUUCAGGGGUGCAGACAGUAUCCCCUGAAGUGUAUUCUCUUGUCAUGUUGGCUCAUUGGUACAUUAUUAAUGGAGUGUGCCAGGAAAAGCCUGGCUUUAUGAACGUUUGUACGUGAUUGGCUGCACAGUCUCUUACAUUCCAUUCCCUAGGUUGUUGACGCAAAUGAGAAUUACAUUCUCCGUUAUUUAACAUUACCUGGUUAAAUAAGGGAUUUAAUUCUCAGUCUACCUGGUUAAAUCAAGGUGAGAUAAUUAAAUUCUCAGUUAGACUACCAGGUUAAAAAAAGUUCUGGUUUUUUUUUUAAACUCUGAACUUUCCCACUACAAAGCCUGAAGGUUUCAGUCAUGUUCUGCUGUUCAGCAAUGGGACAGACAGGGGUGUGUAUUGUACAAAAUAUGUCAGCUGUAACUCAUUAUCAUGUGAAAGCUGGGCCUAGCCUCUGUCCGACUGAACAGUAUGUUUUGUAGAGCAGAGUUUGCUUUCAUAGGAUGUCAUCUGGGCGAGCAGGAGGGGGUCACAUAACAUUUUCAACAUUGAAACCAUAAAGCAAUUCUAAUCCACCCUCUCUUCAUUCAUCAAACUGGCUCCAGGUUAUAGCACAAAGUGCAUUUUCCACUGAGUUGCAAAAUUAUAACUUAAAAUUACUAAAUUAUAACAGCAUGUAGACCAUUAAUUAUACCAUUUGGUUUGUUAAAAAGGAAAAAACAGGUUUGAUCUUGUGAAUGAAUAUAUCUUAGUUUAUCUUAAACUGAUCUGUGAACUAUUUUCAUUACCAUUUUCUUUGCAUAUGUGAAACGGCCUGCUGUUUUUCAGGUUCCAUUUUAAACCUGUUGUUGCACCUUGGCAUUGAUGAUAUCGGUUGCUAAAGUGUAACUGUGGUCACCAUGGAGAUGAAAUGCAGUAUCCAUUAUGUAAUAUAUUCCAAAUCAGUGUUACCAAGUGUACUUAAAAUAUAAUUCCUUCCCUGAAAAUGCAGUUAUUUGAGACCAUAAGAAUCAAAUGGAAGGACCUGAUCAUUCUACUAUAAAUGAAAUGCAUCUCUAUUUUUAUCUACCCCUGGAAUUAAAUUUUUAUAUUUAUUGUAUUUUUCUCUCCUUCUUGCUGCUGUAAGUUGAAUAAAGAAAUCCUGAAUGUG